AGCGUGUCGACAUACUUUUCCACGAUGCUGCGUUUCGUUGCUUUCGUUUUCCAUCUGUAGUAUUUCACCAAAAAUAGCCAUUAGCAGCAGUGACCAACCGGCAACAUUGGGCAAAAUGGCGCUGACCGUGGAUUUUUUUGCGGUCCCGUUCAUGUGAUUCGCGGGGCACAACUCCGUGACUGCUUGGCAAGGGCAACUCUUUCUUCUCGACGGUCUGGUACCGUGGAAUGGCUGUCGCCAUGCCAGGCAUCGUUCCAGAAGUUGUUCAAGAACCUGGUGGAAGAGUGAAGGGGUUGACCAUCGUUAAGCCCAUCGUGUUUGGCAAUGUCGCCCGUUACUUUGGGAAGAAACGAGAGGAAGAUGGCCACACACAUCAGUGGACCGUCUACCUGAAGCCAUACAAAAACGAGGACAUGUCCACCUAUGUAAAGAAGGUACACUUCAAGCUCCAUGAAAGCUACCCAAAUCAGAACAGGGUGGUGACAAAACCGCCAUACGAAGUCACAGAAACUGGCUGGGGUGAAUUUGAAAUUGUCAUCAAGAUAUACUUUAUGGACACCACGGAGAGACCGGUGACCGUCUACCACAUCUUGAAGCUCUUCCAAAGUGAAACCAACAUCAUGCUUGGGAAGAAGCAGCUUGUGACGGAAAUGUACGAUGAACUGAUAUUUUCUGAACCCACAGUGAUGAUGCAGCAGCUGCUAACAAGCACAAGGCCACUUACGGUGGGCCCAUACAAACACGAAUAUGACUUCGAAGAGAGGAAAGAGAAGUCGCUGCAUUCCAUCCUCCAGGCCAAGAACAAGAUUCGGCUUGAGGUGGCCGACCUCAAGGAGCGUCUCAAGGUGGCUAGGGAGACUAUCGACAAGUACAAGUCUGAGAUCAGCAAAUUGGAGUCGCAAGCUGAUGUAGACACUGGCGGAACGACCACCCCUGGCGCUGCAUCCUGACAGGCUUUUGUUGCAUAAGAGUCGGGUGUUGUUUUCUGCGAGUGGCAGUGCGUGCUAUGGACAGGGUGCAUUGGUUGGCUGGAGUCAAACAUGGUUCUCUUUUAGAGAGCAUGAACACUGUGACAUGUUCACAUGGUUGUCUCUUUUUGAAGUUGUUUGUAAGCCAAGAAGCUUGUUUACACCCUCCUUAAGCCACUUGAAUGCUUCCAUCUUUUACAUCAUCUUUUACUUCAUGCAAAAAAAAGACACAUUGCUAGGCGUUCAAGCUCUUUUAGCUCUGCAAUUAACGACUCUGGAUGCGACCAACCUUUGCUUCGAAAGAACAUGCAUUUAAUUUGGCCUAACAAUGUUCCAGUCAAAGUCUCAUGCCUUGAGUAAAUCAUUUGUGGGUACACUGUUGAUACAAUUGCCCACAUUUCUUGCGGUACGUUAACUAGAUGCCCUGAGGUACUGUAGUCACCACUGUUCAUCUAUAUCUAGCUGUAUCAGGUACAUUAUAAGAUGUAUGCUGAAGAUGCUUUACUUUAUCACAUGUGAGGUGUGUAGUUAAACUACAGUAAAUUAUCAGAGCAAAUGUCUAUGCCGACGCUAGGGUGCAGUCUAUGGCCAGAUGAAUGUAGAAGCUUCGUCAUCAAACGCCAACUGAAUGCUGAAGCUACAGAACAUUCUCGUGUUGUUGUACUGGGCAUGACAGGAUAUUGCUGGAGAUAGGGCAAGUUGUUGGGUUUAUUCUGAGAGCGCACUCAGACGUGUGCUGCAGCCAAGUUGUCAUCAGAAUUGAUGUCUGUCAAGUCUUCGAUGAAAGUAUUUUUGGAGUAUGCUCGUGUGUUUCAUGCUUUCUUUGCAUUGAAUACGAGUCUUAAUGAGCAGGAGAGGAGAGGCUCAACCAUGAAUACAAAUCUUUCACUUGCUGAUGUUUCAGGGCAACAGAAAUAAAUGUGGAAUUGUG